CUCUGUCAAUAACUCAGGACUUUCAGGAAGUUCUCAUGGAAUAGCUGCUGCUCUGUUACGGAGAGAAAAAGAGAGAGCGGUAGUGUGUGAGAGAGGGGGGCUGCUCGCAGAGCUGGGAAUGGAUAUGGCCAACCUUUUCAAACACUUCUUUCGGAUCGGGAAGGUGAAGCAGAAAGGCUGUAUGCGAGAUUUGCCCUCCAGCGCAGAGAAAUACGACUGUGAUGAGCGACUGUAUGACCUCAAUCUGCCUGCGCUGGUGAAGUUUAACUACACCGCAGAGCGGGACGAUGAACUGUCUUUGGUGAAGGGCACAAAGGUCAUCGUCAUGGAGAAGUGCAGCGACGGCUGGUGGCGAGGAACCUAUAAUGGCCAUUCUGGAUGGUUUCCCUCCAAUUAUGUCACAGAGGAUGUGGACGGGACGAUGAGGGACGACUCCAUGAGUUCUCUUAAAGACAGACUGGCCUCUGUGGGGCACAAUAACAACGGCUCUCAGGUUCUGCAGACUGUACAGGCACUUUAUCAUUUCAGCUCUGGCAAUGCAGAGGAGCUGAAUUUCAACAAGGAUGAACUUAUGGAUGUGUUGGAGAAACCGGAGAACGAUCCUGAAUGGUGGAAGUGUAGAAAAGAAGAUGGGCAGGUGGGUUUAGUGCCCAAGAACUACGUUACAGUUGUACAGAAAGCAUACGGAGAACUGGGGAUUUCAGGACCACCUCCUACAAACUAUGACAUUAAGCCUUCUACGGAGGGAGUAUUUGGAGGAAAACCAUGGUACUAUGGCAAACUGACACGACAUCAGGCUGAGAUGGUAUUGAACCAGAGGGGAGUGGAUGGGGACUUCCUCAUCAGAGAUAGCGAGUCUACGCCAAACGACUUCUCCAUCUCUCUGAAGGCGGUCUACAAGAACAAGCAUUUCAAGGUGAAGCUAAAAGAUGGACUCUACUGCAUUGGGCAGCGCAAGUUCAACUCCAUGGAGGAUUUGGUGGAACAUUACAAAAAGGCUCCCAUAUUUACCAGUGAACACGGAGAUAAACUGUACCUGGUUAAAGCAUUAAACUGAGCCUAAUAAGACCUACAGACUCUGCAACAUUUAACCCUAUCUGCAAAAACAUGAAACUAAAUUGACUGUGCAUUGGGACAGUGCGAAAACUCCUUUGAUGAAAUGUUGAGUGUACAGGUCACCAAGUUCGGUCCUGGAGGGCCGGUGUCCUGCGGAGUUUAGCUCUAACCCUAAUCAAACACACCUGAAGCAGCUAAUCAAGGUCUGACUAGGUAUACUUGAAACUUCCAGGCAGGUGUGUUGAGGUCAGUUGGAGUUAAACUCUGCAGGACAUCGGCCCUCUAGGAUCAAGUUUGAUGUUCCUUGGUUUAGUGUAAUUACAUACAGUGAAGAUGUGUUUGCUUUAGUAUCGCUCCGAUUUAAGAUAUUCAGCCAAUUUAAAUGCAAACUCUAGUAUACGUCAGGAUGAUAAGCUAUUUUUGAAAUUUUACAGCUGUUCCAGUGCAGCAUUCCAAAAAUCCUUUGCAUGUACUUUAUGUUCAUAACGUAGGCUUAUUGUGAAUUUUUCAGUUUUGAAGGGCUAAAAAAAUACUGCAUCAUGCUAAAUGAAAUAUCAAUGCAGUUUUGACCUUUCAUGACUUUUCUUGCUAUGCUGUUUUUUUGCAAGUGCCAAAACCUUCUUCUCAAUCUACAUUGAACUUUUAAAGGAUACUAUACUGUCAGAGCUGAAUCUUUUUUUAAUUUUCGGUCCAAUUUUUAAUUAGGUGGUUGUAACUACUAUGUACUUAUAUUUAAAUAAAUCAUUUGGUAGAGGGCACUUAUUGUGUACAUACAUGUUUUUACAUUGUACUUAUAUUUAAAUUACAUUUAUAAUUACGCCGUUGGACCCAUCCCUUACACUUUAAGCCACCUUUUAUCUUACCCAUACCACCAAACCUGUCCCUAACCUUACCCUUAUCCCACCUCAGCAGCAGAAAAAGUGUUAUGAUGUGCAAUAUGAACACAGUAAGUACAUUGUAUUUAUUUUUUGAUGUAUGUACAUAGUAAUUAAAGCCACCUAAUAUAAAGUAGGACCGAAUUGUCUUGCUUAACUAAUUAUUAAUUGGUAAUUGUAACAACUUGUAUACUGUGAAUGUUGUUUCCUUCUACAGAGAACUUUUAGUUUUCUUUUACUUUAACACUUCUUGAUAAGUGUAACUUUUAAUAAUAAAUAAAGUAUUAUACAUA